AUCCACUUAAUGGUUCAGUGUUUUCCUUAUAAUGGUUUUCUAUGGGAAACAAUUUAAUGUGAAACUUUGCACAUUGUGUUUAUAUUCUGGGUUCAUCUUCUUGCCUGUACAAAAUACACAUAAUCAAUAAGGUGUUUGCUGAAUUUUGUCUUUUAAUGUCUGCUUUUUACUACAUUACUACUUAAUGCAAUUUGCAUAAAAAUAACUGGCGGUCAGUGGAGCAAAGCUUCAUUUUACCCUCUAAGUGGGCGUUCCUAUAAGGGUGUGACGUCACGUGAAAACUAUGAAUUGCUGAGUUUUCACCAUAGACUGUAUAAAAACACCCUGCAUGUAGGAAUCUAUAAGAUAUAAACAAACCGCAGUGUUACUUCAUCAGAUUGGGCGCAAGCUCAUAAAUGAUUCAUGAGCUGCGAUAUUUGAGUCUAACUCCAGUAAAGUCUGAGAUUUAAAGACUUACUCUUUUACUGCUUUUUUUAUUACAGGCAAAGGCAUCAGAGCAUUGGUAAGUUUCAGCUUUGUUAUUUAUGUCAGUAGACUUGUAUGGCAUUUUUUAAAGAGCUUAUUUUAAUAUAGUCCCAAGUCUAUAUAAGUCCUUGUAGGCAACAGAACAGACAGUUGGUUUUGAAAAGGAACGGUAACCCAAGUUAAACCCAUUAAAUCCGACCACAUUUCCUGAUAUAAAACUUGAAUCCAUUUCUACUGCCUUCACAAACCUCAAAGAUGGCCUGACAGAGGGGUGGGAUGACCACAUAUUGGAAAAGAUGUAUUCCAAAGUCCAAAAUGCCAAACCAUCCCCAGAAUAGAGCAUAGCAUCACCUGUUUUAUUUUAACUAGUUGCCAUGCCAAAAACCUCCACUAUAUUUCUCUCUCCAUUCCAGCGGCUACCCUGCCUGUGUAUUUGAUCUGCCCCUUCUGUGUCCAGUGGAGACAACUGGGCAAUCAUCAUGCAUGUCUGCGGCCAAAACGGAAGCUCACGGCAAGGAUAAGGAGACUUCUGAAGAGGGAGUCGGCAGGAAAGAGAUUCGACGCAGAAAAAUGGCAACGUGUCACACCUGUAAUAAGAUGUCCAGACAACCUGGAAUGAAUCGUGAGCUUUUGUCUACAUUGUCAAAGAACCGAAGUACCCCAGGAAGUGCGGGCAAACAAAGAACUCCACAGUCAGCCAGUAGGCCUACUCCGAAAUCUGUAGUAGACAGAACACCAAUUGGCACACCAAGGUCAGCAUCUUCAAACACCAGCUCAUCACCAUCAAAGUCUGGCAGUGCGAAGCCGUCGCCUUUCACCCGCCUCAAGAAGUUCCUUAUGCUAAAAAACAAACAGCAGAGCAAGAAAGGUGGUCUGAAGGACUUCCUCUCAUCUCUCUGAAGACCUCAGGGCUGCUAAAAUGAAGGACUCUGGCCCACUUUUAGUGGAGCUACUGAAAUCCAGAGCAUGAAGCUUGAUGAGGAUGAGGAUCACUUCUCCUUGUGUAUUGUCAUGCCACCUAGUGGGGGAGUCAUUAGCCUGGAUUAUAUUGUAGGACAGGAUAAUAUUGAACAGAAAGUCUCCUUUCCUUCUAUUAAGUGUCUGCUUCUGAAUCCUUGUGGAUGAGUGGGGGAAAAAAAGUCUGUUUGUAGGGGAUUGUAACUUGCAGUACAGAACCAUGCUGUGACAUUUAUUACAUUUUUAAAUUUCCCAUUUAUUUUCAUGUUCCCACAUAUUGUUUAUUUUUGUACAAGAAAAACAACUUUUAUAUGUUGUGUGUUUAAUGUUCAUUUUGUACACUUUGAAUUCACACAUUUAUAUCCGCAGCUCUUAGUUUGGAUCACUGAUAUUAAAAGAAGGAUUGUUUUUUUCAAUUGGCUCACACACUGAAUUAUUAUUAUUUCAUACGCUUACAAAAUUUGUGCUGGGUUGUUUACAUUUGAUGGCUUAAUUUGCCAUCAAACUAUGUAGAAAAGACCAAAAAUAUUUCAUACUGACUAUUUUUCUUCUCGAUACAUUUAAAAAGAAAGAUGAUGUUUUUUGUCUUGUUUGAUCUCUGACAGAUCAUUUUCAAUAAAAAGUAAAAUAAUGACAUUUGUCUGUUUAUUUAGCCCUUUUAAAAGAAAUUAAAAUGUUUCUUCUGGCUUCAAACUGUAUUAUAAUAAAUCUUUAAAAAUUAAUAUUGAUGUAGAGACACUGUGUGUGUUAAUGCGUGUACAAAACUGGAUUUACAAAAU